AUGUCCUCUGAUACUUCUUCCAAUUGGUCUCCCAAAUUAGGAUUCUCAUACAGUAUAUCAGAUGGACUAUUUAUACGAGAAAAUUAUGAAGGAUAUCCUUGUGAUCUUAUAUAUCUUAACUUUACUAUAGUUUCAUAUAAAGGUCAUUUACAAUUUUUGACCGAAGAGGAGCAGAUUAAUUUUAGUGGGAAGAACUUCUUAGAUUCAGAAAAGUUAUUUCAACAGUACCCAAAUCAAACCUUUAUUCCCUGGUCUUGCGAAGAAUUAUUCGAAGGUAUAUUUAAUGGUACUCAUGUUGUUUGUAUGGGAGGACCUCAAGAGUUAAAAUAUGACUAUUCACUUCUUUCUGGAUAUAGACCAAUUUCUUCCGAAGAUAAUGCUUAUCAGUUCUCAAAGUACAGUGUUAUUCCUAUUCAGUAUAACAAUGAACCUCAUAAAUAUUUGUACUACUGGUCAUCUGAUCCAUUGGAAAAUUUUAUGAACUUUAAAUUUAGUGCUGAAGAUCCAUUGGAAUUGAGAAGUUCAACAUCUUGUAACUUCUAUCGUGACAUACUUUACAUCGAUGAUUUCAAGUUUUCUGAUAUAAAUUGGGAUAUUAAAAGGGAAGCUAUUUCUUAUGAUGAAAGAUUGGCAAUAAUACCAAAUUUCUUCGAUAAUAUCAGAAAAAAAUCUAUAGUUAUACCAUUAAUUGAUUCAACUCUUGAACCUAAAAGCACGAAAGUAUUUCCUCAAUCGGUGGAUAAAAGAAAUUGGUGUUAUUAUAAAUGUUUAGCGAAUGCUCUUGAGAAUUUUCUCUAUGUUGUAGACAUGCUUCCGAGCUUGAAUACAGACUCCAAUAUUAAGAUCCCAGAAGUUAAAGUGAAAAAAGAAAGACUUAUCGAAUCAUUAUCAGAGUUUUUUCAUACAAUAUUUAGUGGGGGUGAAACUUACUAUUCUUUCAAUUACUGA